UACUCUCACUUCCGGUCCAGCAGCUUUUAGUACUCUAAUGUCUUUCUUUUAAGUCUUUCAGUCUUACGUUUCAUUUCUUCCACUCGCACUCUUGAUAGUAUUGGUCAAGUUUGGAUAUUUUUCUUAGAAGACUGAAAGCCUAUGUUUUUUUCUAUGGCGUAUAAAAUUACCUGAGGGGAAGCAAAUAGAUCAACAUCUUCGUUAACGUUAGAUCAUUUUCGAUUAGCUAACGUUUGGUCAUAAAGUAUCAUGAAGACUUCAUUAAACGGUUUUGUGCCGUUUAAUUAGUCCUAUUCUGGCCACGAUUCUGGCUGUCACUAUUCGUUGUGUAGUUUUCUUUUUUAACUGUUAGCUUUCGCCAUCUUUCGCCAAAAGGAUGGACUUUGAUAAUAUAUUGGACAUCGCCUCGCAAAACCAGGGCCUAAGUUCACAGCAGAAGAGAUACAGUUUACAAGCUGGACCACCUAAAAAGGACCCGAAAUCCAAAGGUGUAAACCCUGCUGCUAUUCAAAACUUCAUAAAGAAGCAACAAUGUAACCAGAAAAAGAAAGAAAUUGAAAUGAAGAAACAGAAAGAGGAACUAUAUGCCAAGAGGGUUGAGUUAAAGUCGGAUCGUAAGGCACGAGCCAUGGCCUCUAGAACUAAGGACAAUUUUAAAGGCUACAAUGGUGUCCCGGUAGUUGAUAUUCCAAAGAAAAGAAGAUCAAAACAUGACAUGGAGGAGGACAAUCCAAAUAAUCAUGGAUUUAGGAAUACUGCAUUUGAUUCAAAUGAAGAUGAGGAUAAUUUAGAAUAUGAAGGUACUGAUUCUGAGUCCGAGCCCGAGUCAGCAAGACCAGGAAAACCUGCAGUUAAUAAUGGAUGUGGCAGCAGUGGUCACAGUAAAUCUUUUUCCAACAAAUCUAAACUCGCACCACCGCCUUUGAACUUUGCAGACUUACUCAAACUGGCAGAGAUAAAGCAACAUCAACCUGUAGAAGUUAAGCCAAAGCUAGUGAAAAAAGAAGGAAGACUACGUACAGCUGAAGAGAUAAGGGAAGAAGAGAUGGAGCACAAAGCUAGGAAACUGGACAAAAACAGAGAGUCAAUGAUGGACAGAGAGAGAGAAAACAGGUCCCAUUCUAGCUCUACCUUGAAAAAAACAGGCAGUUUAGACAAGGAACAAAAGAGCCGUAAGCCUCAAAAGAAUUUGUUAGAGAAACAAAGUCCCUCAAGUUGUAAGUUGCAAAGUGACAGAAGCCAAAUGUUUUCUAAACCUGUGAAUGACAGAGAGAGGCACAAAACAUCUCACAGUGAUAGAGACCAUUUUAAAUCUAGUUCAAGUAGUUCGUCAUGUGCCAUAAACAGUAAAGUUAUUUCAAAGUCUUCAUCUUCUCAGGAUUCAUUCAAACAAAGGCCCUCCAAGCCCACAUCUAGCCACAAAUCCAGUGCCUCAAGUGACCUUAGCAACAAGAAAGAGAGUUCAUCGGCAUUGCAUGCAAGACCUAGUAUUUCAGGGACCAGGCCUCCUGGUGCAGUCCAAAAGUUUCAGCAUGGAAAUUCUCAACAAACAAGGCCAAGUCAGGGGAGCCCUGUGAAACAGCAGACUAUAGUUGGAGAAAGCAGAUCUAUGAAAGGAGAACCAAGGAAGCCUGCUACCAAUUCUUUAUUGAAAUCAAGUGGUAAUUCUGCUAGAAACAGUGUUGGUGGUCCUCCCAAAUCAGGCUGUCAGCCUAAUCCAAGACCUGUAAGUACUGUUCAGGCAAAAAAUGGUGGUGUGGCACAGACCAGGCCUGGUGGGACUGUUCUGAAGAACCCUUCUGGAAGUGGGGCAUCCAGACCUCAGGUUAUUGGAGGUGCACGGCCUGGUAGUGGGGGAUCAUUGCCAGGUCGGUCUGCUGGCACAAUGGGAUCAGGACCUGGAAGAGCAAAGUGCACAGUGGUUUCAGAGACCAUCUCAACCAAAAAUUUAGGUGGACCUAGACCAGGUCUUUCUUCUCAGCCUGGGAUGCCACAGAGACCAGGGAUACAGCAAAGACCGGGAAUGCCGCAAGAACCAGGGAUGCCGCAGAGACCGGGGAUGCAGCAAGGACCGGGGAUGCAGCAAGGACCGGGGAUGCAGCAAGGACCGGGGAUGCAGCAAAGACCGGGGAUGCAGCAAAGACCGGGGAUGCAGCAAAGACCGGGGAUGCAGCAAAGACCGGGGAUGCAGCAAAGACCGGGGAUGCAGCAAAGACCGGGGAUGCAGCAAGGACCGGGGAUGCAGCAAAGACCGGGGAUGCAGCAAAGACCGGGGAUGCCACCCAGACCUAUGAUGAACAGACCUCCAGGAGCUAUGUUGCCACCUAUCACUUCAGCCUACAAAAGGAAAUAUGAAGAUGAAGAUGAGUAUGAUUCAGAAAUGGAUGAUUUUAUUGACGAUGAAGGUGAAGAGCAGGAUGCAAUUUCCAAGCACAUAAGGGAAAUUUUUGGCUAUGAUCGAACCAAAUAUAAGGAUGAGAGUGACUACGCACUUAGAUUCAUGGAGAGCAGCUGGAAAGAUAUGCAGAGAGAGGAGUCCAGGAGUCUGCGAAUGGCUGUACAAGAAGAUUUGGAGGAGGAGAGAAAAGAAGAGGAGGAGAUAAAGAGGAAAUCUGUCAAGAAAAGAAAAAAUAACUGACAUUCUUAGUGAAUGAAUGAAUAAACUUAUUAAAACGCCCUUGAUGAUGUCUCUUGAGAAAGUGGAGCAAUAGGUCUGCCAACCUGACAGAACUCCAGAGGUUGUCAACACCCAGCAUCGUUUGCUUUCCCUCAAAAUGUUCUUUUUACUUUUUAGAAAAAAACGUGAUGUGUUUUUAAUACAUUUUGUAUAAGGUUUGCACAAACUUUAGAGACAAGGUAGUUGAAAGCUGAUGCAAAGGUCUCAUUGUGUUUUUUUUUAAUUUGUGCAGGGCUUGAACAAUCCUAAUUCCUUAAAGGAAAUCUCCUGCAAAAGAGAAUAUUCAACAGUGCACAACCUUUUUUUUAACAAACCUUGAUGGAAAAGUCUAUUUAAAGCAGAAUUCACUAUGUGUCUAUCUUUUUAAAAAAGGAUUGCUAAUGAAUGGUUGCACAAAAAGAUUCCAACCAUAUUAAAUUAAAAAAUGACCUAGUAAUAUAUUUACGCCACUUUCAGUAACGUAUUUUGUUUUUAGAUUAUAGCAAAACAAAGCAUUUUCUUGCUGUAAAGUUGGAUUUUUUUCUUUUUAUAAAGAUAAUUUUCUUAACCCUA